AUGAGCGUGUGCUGCUCCAGCGGAUGCUGCUCUGUUGUGAAGAGCAAGACGGUGUGCUGCAGCCCCUGCCAGAAGACAGUCUGCUGUGAUCCGUGUCAGAAGACAGUCUGCUGUGAUCCGUGUCAGAAGACUGUCUGCUGUGAUCCGUGUCAGAAGACUGUCUGCGUUGAGAAGACAGUCUGCUGUGACCCAUGUCAGAAGCCUUGCUGUGACCCGUGCCAGACUUGCUGUGACCCAUGCCAAAAGCCGUGCUGUGACCCGUGCCAGCAGUCUGUCUGCUGUGACCCGUGUCAGAAGCCUUGCUCUGAUCCAUGCCAGACUUGCUGUGACCCAUGCCAAAAGCCGUGCUGUGACCCGUGCCAGACUUGCUGUGAUCCAUGCCAGAAGCCGUGCUCUGAUCCGUGCCAGACUUGCUGUGACCCAUGCCAAAAGCCUUGCUGUGACCCGUGCCAGAAGACUGUCUGCUGUGACCCAUGCCAGACUUGCUGUGACCCAUGCCAGAAGCCUUGCUGUGACCCGUGCCAGAAGACUGUCUGCUGUGACCCGUGCCAGACUUGCUGUGACCCAUGCCAGAAGCCUUGCUCUGAUCCAUGCCAGACCUGCUGUGACCCGUGCCAGAAGACUGUCUGCUGCGACCCAUGCCAGAAGCCUUGCUGUGACCCAUGCCAGACCUGCUGUGACCCGUGCCAGAAGACUGUCUGCUGUGACCCAUGCCAGAAGCCUUGCUGUGACCCAUGCCAGACUUGCUGUGACCCAUGUCAGAAGACUGUCUGCUGCGACCCGUGCCAGAAGCCGUGUUGUGACCCGUGCCAGACCUGCUGUGACCCGUGCCAGAAGACUGUCUGCUGUGAUCCGUGCCAGAAGCCAUGCUGUGACCCGUGUCAGACUUGCUGUGACCCAUGCCAGAAGCCGUGCUGUGACCCGUGCCAGACUUGCUGUGACCCAUGCCAGCAGUCCGUUUGCUGUGACCCGUGCCAGAAGACCUGCUGCAGCUGCUGUAGCCAGCGGUGCCUGCAGACCUGCUGCCACCCCUGCUGCUGCUCUGGCCGUCUGUCCUGCUGCUCCUACGUGGUGAAGAAGAAGCCCGUUGUGGUGUGCUGCAGCCCCGUGCAGUACUGCUCCCCGCUGAGGAAGUGCUGCGUGCCCAUCAAGCAGUGCUGCACCACCGUCAAGAAGUGCUGCUGA